CCGCAGCCUUGAGGGCUGACGGGGAAGGAAGGCUUUAUACUUUGCUGGUAGAGGGCUGGGUAGGGAGAGGGUUGGGUUUCUGAGUUCAGACAGGUUCCGAGGCGCUUUCUGGCUGCGCGGGGUUUGGUGUGACACCACUUCAGACUUGUUGCAACUCGUCCCCACACCUGCCCUCACUCGGCUCUGCACCCAGGCCCCGAGAGGCGCGGUCGGAGCCGGAGUCCGCUUCCCUCCGCCGACCUGACGCGCGGCAGAAUCAUGACGUUGGGUCAUCUUCUUGCACAUUAGUAAUCAUAACCUCAGACUAUUUGUGGUUCAAGAAAGUUGUAAUUUCUCUUUGGAGCAUUUUUCCAUUGACCUGUUCUUUCAGAAGUCCUUUCAAUGAAUCUCUUCAUAUCAGAAACCAUAAACAAAUACCUCUCAUCACUGCACAAAUGGACAUUUGAACGUGCUGUUGUCAGAUGCUUGCAGUCAUGGAAACCUCAUCAAUGCUGUCCUCAUUGAACGAUGAGUGUAAAUCAGACAAUUACAUUGAGCCUCACUACAAGGAAUGGUAUCGAGUAGCCAUUGACGCACUCAUUGAACAUGGGUUAGAAGCAUACCAAGAAUUUCUUGCCAAGGAACGAGUAUCAGACUUUCUAGCUGAGGAAGAAAUUAGUUAUAUUCUGAAAAACGUUCGGAAAGUUGCUCAAAGUACAGCACACAGUACUGAUAACUCCUACGAUGAUACCUCAUCUUCAGGGACUUACUGGCCCAUUGAGUCUGAUGUGGAAGCUCCAAAUCUUGACUUAGGCUGGCCGUAUGUGAUGCCGGGACUCUUAGGAGGUACCCAUAUAGACCUCCUCUUUCAUCCACCGAGAGCACAAUUACUUACAAUUAAGGAAACUAUUCGGAAGAUGAUCAAAGAAGCCAGAAAGGUCAUUGCUUUAGUGAUGGAUAUAUUUACAGAUGUGGACAUUUUCAAAGAAAUAGUGGAGGCAUCAACUCGAGGGAUAUGUGUUUACAUUCUGCUUGAUGAGUCCAACUUUAAUCAUUUCCUAAAUAUGACUGAAAAACAGGGCUGUCAAGUUCAACGACUCAGGAAUAUUCGAGUGCGGACAGUAAAAGGCCAAGAUUAUCUUUCCAAAACUGGAGCAAAAUUUCAUGGAAAAAUGGAGCAGAAAUUUCUGUUAAUUGACUGCCAGAAAGUUAUGUAUGGUUCCUACAGCUACAUGUGGUCAUUUGAAAAAGCUCACCUCAGCAUGGUUCAGAUAAUCACAGGACAGCUUGUUGAGUCCUUUGAUGAAGAAUUUAGAACUCUCUAUGCCAGAUCCUGUGUCCCCAGUCCAUUCGCUCAGGAAGAAACAGCGAGGGUGAAGCAUGGCAAAGCACUGUGGGAGAAUGGCACCUACCAGCGUUCACUUUCUUCAUUAGCUUCUGUUUCCAGCCAAAGAAACCUUUUCGGCAGACAAGACAAAAUUCAUAAGCUAGAAUCUGGUUACUUCAAAAACAGAGGGAUAUAUACUGUAAAUGAACAUGACAAGUACAGCAUAAGAAAUAACGGAUACAAGCCUCAUUUUAUUCCAAACUUUAAUGGUCCAAAUACAGUCCGUCAGUAUCAAUCCAGUCAGAUAAAUGAAAAUUGGAAGAGGCAUAGUUAUGCUGGGGAACAGCCAGAAACAGCACCAUACCUGCUGCUUAACAGGGCUCUGAAUCGAAACAUUAAUCCUCCAGGUAAUUGGAAAAAGCCUUCAGAUAGUCUCAGUGUGGCGUCCUCAUCACGAGGAGGCUAUGCCAGCCACCGGAACACACCUGCCCAGAGUUUCGCUGAUCGGCUUGCCCAGAGAAAAACAACAAAUCUUGCAGAGAGGAACUCAAAUGUGCGGAGGUCUUUUAACGGGACAGAUAAUCAUAUUCGCUUUUUGCAACAACGAAUGCCAACCCUUGAACAUACCACAAAGUCCUUCUUGCGUAACUGGAGAAUUGAAUCCUACUUAAAUGAUCAUUCAGAAGCUGCACCUGAUUCAAAUGGAUCAGCUCUAGGCGACCGGUUUGAGGGCUACGAUAGUUCUGAAAAUCUGAAAGCCAAUGCCCAUUAUACUCAUUCUCGGCUUCGUUCCUCUUUUGUGUUUAAACCAACAUUACCCGAGCAGCAGGAAGUUAACAGUUGUACGACUGGCUCCUCAAAUUCGACUAUCAUUGGUUCCCAGGGAAGUGACACACCUAAGGAGGUCCCGGACACCCCGGACACCCCCAUGAGUGUGCAGCAUGCGGCAGACAAACCCGUGCCAGAAUUGACCCCCAAGCUCCCGUUGCAGUCAGAGGCACCAAAAAUGCACACCUUGCAGGUUCCCGAAAACCACUCCCCAGUCUUAAAUCUAACUACAAAUGGCCAUACAGAGGCAAACAACUAUUUGUAUACAUCCUUGUGUGUAAAUAAGCAGACAGAAAAUCUAAAGAAUCAACAAAAUGAGAAUCUGCUCAAAAGGCGAAGUUUCCCAUUCUUUGACCACUCCAAAGCCAACUUAGAUACCGGACAUAAUAAGCAUUAUGUAUAUAGUACACUUACCAGGCAUCGAGUCAGGCAACCAGAAAAACCCAAAGAGGAUUUGCUGAAAAGUUAUAAAAGCAUGCACAACGUGACCCAGAACAUAGAAGAGGACAGGGAGGUCAUCGAGAGACAGCCUCCAAGUGGCACCGCGACCAAGUCAGUUUCCGUUGCUGCUUUGCUUGAUAUGAAUAAAGAUGAACCGAGCAAAGAACUCACUUCAAAGAAGGAAGUUAAAGGCUCUCCGAGUUUUUUGAAAAAGGGAUCUCAGAAGUUAAGGUCAUUACUUAGCCUUACCCCAGAGAAGAAAGAAAAUCUAUCAAAAAAUAAAGCACCUGCCUUUUAUAGAAUGUGUAGUAGUUCUGACACUUUGGUUUCUGAGGCUGAAGAGAAUCAAAAACCAAAAAAAUCAGAACCGAAAAUUGAUUCAUCUCCUAGAAGAAAGCGUUCUUCCUCCUCAAACUCUCAAGGCAGUAUUCAUAAAAGUAAGGAAGAUGUUACCGUUAGCUCAUCUCAGGGGAUCAAUUCUCCAUCCGAUGAAAGCAAAAUAAUACCUGCUCCAGGUCCGGUUGAAAACAAGUUCUUGGAAAGAGCAGGAGAUGCCUCUGCCCCGAGAUUUAACACUGAACAGAUCCAAUACCGAGAUUCAAAGGAGAUUAAUACAGUUCUUGCUCCUGAAAGAAAACCGGCUUCUCCACGGCCAAAGCCCAAUGAGCUGCUGAGAUCUCAUUUAACCGACAGGCGUGUUUACAGUCGUUUUGAGCCAUUUUAUAAAAUUGAAAGCUCUAUUCAGCCAGCAAGCAACAUACCAAAUACCGUUGUGCACCACCCAGAAAUCAAAUCCACAACUGUGGGCAAUAGUUACGGCAGAUCCAGCCCGAUGCUUAAUUACAACACUGGUGUUUAUCACUCAUACCAGCCAAAUGAAAACAAGUUCCGAGGAUUUAUGCAGAAGUUUGGGAACUUUAUACACAAAAAUAAAUGAAAUACUGUAAUUUUGAAUAGUUUUUAAAAUGCAAAUGACUAUAGCUAUAAACAUUUGUCCAAAGAACUUUGUGGGCAGUUUUUGUAAUGUGUCAAUAGAUUUCUUUAGGGAGAGAGUUUGGGGUAUGAUGUAUAUGUUUACCAGUGUACUAAUAUACAGUAAAGUUGUCCUGUGUGAUAAAGUUAGUUGUGCUUAAUUACAAUAUAGAUGGAAUGUCUCUAUACACAAUUUAUUUAAAUGGUAAUGGUAAAAAGAAUGUAAUUAAAUUGUUUUCUUCAGACCUAAGAUCUUCUUAAGUCUCAAACAUAAACUUUAGUGGAGAGAUGGUGUAUGGAUUUUAAGCAUUCAUUCCAAAGUCUUUCCUUUUAAAAAGGGAUCCUAAUACUGUCAGUGGCCCUUUAUAAUAUAUCUUUAUGGGUUUUCAUAUCUCCAAAUUAUGAGAAAAAUAGGACAAAUCCCUUUUGGGUUUUAAUUACCUUUUAACCCUACAGGACAACUUGUUAUAUUUUAUUAAUAUUUUAUUUUCCUGUGGCGCAUUUACAACUGGUUAGGCAGCAACAGUACAAUUUAAACUCUGUGGCUCAGCACAUCUUUUAUUUUGACUGAGGUGUUUGCAAAGUGCCAGCCUCAUGUGGUAGGUACAUGGUGGGAAUUUCUUUUCCUAAUUUUUUGAAAACCUUCCAGGUUGUGCUGCUUUCCACUCUGGACCACAGGACCCCGUGCUGAACUUUUACAGUUGUUCUUUCCUUGAAACUUAGAGCAAGCAGCAGAUAUUUGGGAAACCUGAAUUAUACCUCUCCUCUAAGAUAAAAAAAAAAAAAAAGCUCUUCUUUUUUAACUUCUGCAUAAAUUUUUAUCUUAGAUCAGUAUGACAACACUUAGACGUUUUGCUUGCAAAAGUCCUUCUCUUUUUUAUGCUGUGCCAAAUAUAGUGUGAGUGCCUAGUGUUUUCACAAAAGUACCGUGAUGGACCUGAGAAGUGGUAUCUGGCCUAAUUCUUUCAUGACCAAAGAGCCUGGUUGAAAGUUUUAAAUCUUUCCCUGUCUUAACUGGAUCAUCAUCAAGUAUUUAGAUCAUAAGAUACCCUUUGCCUUUCUUAGAGUGAUGAAAUUAAAGCUCCACAUCCAUUAUAGAGACUUUAACUUAGCUUCACUUCAUCCACAAAGGACAGAAUUCAAGAAACAACGCAUCCGUUGAGGAGUGUGAAGUAUUUCUGUAACACUUUAAAUAUAUUAACACCUUCUAAGUUGUAAUAUGGGGCAGCAUGUUGUUUUAAAAAAAUUCAAGAUGAAUCAAAUAAUAUCGGUGUCAUUGAAUUAAAAUGAAAGCAUGAAAAUAUCAGUCGUUAAGAUAAUUUUCCAUAGUAUUUAAAAACCACGAUGAGAUCAUGACGAGAAAAAAUGAGAGUAGGGAAAAGAAAACCUAACAUUUAGUGAGCACUUGCUUGUAUGGACCAGGUCUUGGGCUAGAACCUAUACUUCCCCACAGCAGUUAUUUUGUGGGUACCUUUGUCCUCAUUAUUUGUAGAUAAUGAUUGAGGUGAUAAAUGAGACUUUGAGACUCAGAGAGGUAAUGCUUCAAGUCACAUAACUAAUUAAGUAAUGGUACUAAAGUGUCUGUAACAUUCUGUCACAUCCCAUUACCUCCCAAAUAUGUUCGAUAUCUGCCUCGCCCAAAUUGUUGAGAAUUGAGAGACUGUUUAUAUUUUCUGACUCAAUGGUAAUCAGCCAAGAAAGCUUUAGUUGAAUUGCACCAGACAACAAGGACAUAUAGGGCUCAAAAUAAUCAUAGUAGGUGAGGUAGGAAAUGAAAUUGACAUUAAUUUCUGAUUGUAACUUAGCAGGCCAGUUUUAAUUGCUAGGCUACCAUUUUGAUCUUGUGCUGGUUGAUGUGUGACAAUGAAAAGGGAAAGGGAACUAUAAGUUUAACCUGUAUUUGUGCUAGGCAAAGCAGUCCAGUAGGUUAGGAGGCUAGGCAGGGAAUGGCACUCAGUGUUAUUAUGUUGUUAAGUAUUCACAAUAGCGCUGUGAAGUAAAUAGUUCCUUUUUGCAAAUGAGAAAACUAAUCCUUUGAGAAGUUACAUAACUUUGCAAGAGUUACACUGGUCUGCAUUGGUAGAACGGGUUCUAACACAGAAUUGGGCUUGAACGCAAAAGCCUGUAUUUUUUUUUAAAUUUUUUAUUAUGUUAGUCACCAUACAGUACAU